UUUGCCUUUCUCAUUCGACUUAUUUACAGCAUUAUAUUAUAGUAUAUUGUUUGUUUGCAUUUCCAUUCGGUAACUUUGAAGCAACCAUAUUUAUUAUAUCGGUUAAAACGUCAAUUGUAACCUCCCUUUUGCAACACUAUUGCUUCACUUUCUAGGGGUUCCUGAAGGAAGCAUAUUGAGAAUUUGAUCCUCCCCAUUCGGCAUCAGUUUUUUAUGGAUAUGAACUUCUGAUGCCAAGGUUUAUUCUACAUGGUUAUGUUGGAGAGAACUAAUUGGGACUGAGGCAAACCUGCUUUAUGAAAGUAUUGAAAAGUUUGUUGAGGAAAGAAGCUAAAGUGAUUAAUUCUAUCUCCGGUGACAUGGAAGCUUGUGGUUGAGUUUUGAAUCAUCCUAAUUGUGGGCGUAUUUCCUAGAGAUCCUGUGAAGCAGUAUCUUAAAAAGUUGGAAUGGGAUGGAGGAGAAUUUUAGUUUCAUUACUAUUUUCCAUCACCUUGGUUGAAUCAUCAAGCAAUUCUAGAAAAAUGUGGUCGCUGAACAUAGUUUCAGGAUCAUCUCCACUUUAUAAUUGGGCAGUGUACAGUGCUGGUUUUUUCGUUGUGGUGUCUGUUCUCCUGUCUAUGUAUUUAAUCGUUGAGCAUCUAGCUGCAUACAAUCAGCCUGAGGAGCAGAAGUUUUUGAUUGGAAUAAUCUUGAUGGUUCCUGUUUAUGCACUGGAAUCGUUCUUAUCUCUACUGGACUCAAAUGCUGCAUUCAACUGCGAAAUAAUACGCGAUUGUUAUGAGGCUUUUGCCCUAUAUUGCUUCGAGAGGUAUCUAAUAGCCUGCUUAGGUGGAGAGAAAAACACCAUCGAAUUUAUGGAAAGUCAAAGUGUUGUAAGUUCCAGCUUGCCUCUACUGGAUGAUGCCUAUGCAUAUGGAGUUGUUGAACAUCCUUUUCCAUUGAAUUGCUUUAUCCGGGAGUGGUAUCUUGGUCCUGACUUUUAUCAAGCAGUAAAAAUUGGAAUAGUGCAAUAUAUGAUACUUAAGAUGAUAUGUGCUUUACUGGCUAUGGUUUUUCAACUUUUUGGCAUCUAUGGUGAAGGCAAAUUUGAGUGGAGAUACGCCUAUCCAUACUUGGCAGUUGUUCUUAAUUUUAGCCAGACCUGGGCCUUAUAUUGCCUGGUGCAGUUUUAUUCAGUCACCAAGAAUAAAUUAGCACCGAUUAAGCCAUUGGCAAAGUUUCUGGUAUUCAAGUCAAUUGUGUUCUUGACGUGGUGGCAAGGUAUAGCUGUUGCCUUUCUUUUGUCAUUUGGAGCAUUCAAAGGUUCUUUGGCACAGCUGUUGAAGGCACGGAUCCAGGACUAUAUCAUCUGUAUUGAGAUGGGCAUCGCCGCUGUGGUGCAUCUUUAUGCUUUCCCAGCAAGGCCUUACAAGCGUGGGGAAAGAUGUGUCAGGAAUGUUGCUGUGCUGUCAGAUUAUGCUGCUCUGGACACCCCACCAGACCCAGAGGAAGUUCAGGACUGUGAAAGGUCUACCCAUGUACGCAUUUCUCGGCCUGAAGAGAGAGAGAAGCGUCUAAAAUUUCACCAGAGUGUUCGUGAUGUAGUGGUUGGAAGUGGUGAAAUAAUAAUUGAUGAUAUGAGGUUCACAGUAUCUCAUGUUGCGGAACCAGUUGAAAGGGGAAUUGCUAAAAUAAACAGGACUUUCCAUCAGAUAUCGGAAAAUGUAAAACGGUAUGAAGAGAGGAGGAGGAGCUCGAAGGAUGACAGUUAUCUUGUUCCGCUGAACUCACGGACAAAUGAGUUCUCUGAAGUACAUGAUGAUCUUGUUGAAGGCAGUAUGAGUGACAGUGGGAUGCAUGGCAAGAGACCGCAUCAUCAAUCCAAAGGGAUGUCAUCCCUACGGAGAUAGUAAACCAUUUAGUCUAACCUAGAAGCAGAGUUUGGAUUUCAUCUUCUAACCAUAUUGUUCAUUCAGUAACCACUGUGGAGGCAUUUCCACAUUGAGUAUGGGGUAAACCUGUAUAAGGAGUGCACAUGAUUAUUGAGAAGAUACUUGUCAGGGUUGUAGUUCUGGAAAGACUUGAGCAGCUGAUGAUUUUCAUAUGUAAAGGUUGGAGGAAAUUUCAAGAUAAUGAUAUGGUUGAAGUAAAAACUGAUUAAAUAGUUUGUAGCAGGAGGGGAGAGAAAAUUUUCAGCUACUAAUUUCUGACUGAUUUCAGAAAAAUGUAUGACUCUUCACUGUCACCUUUGAAUGAAUUUUGCACUACACUACUUAGUCCUCCAAAUGUAUAUACUUGUGGAGUUGUUUCACGUUGGUGGGACUUCUGUUCUUAA